GCGCCACUUCCGGCCCGCCCCCGCCGGCAGCUGGAGAGGCCCGACCCGCUAACCCAGCAGAGGAGGAGCCUCUAGCUCAACCCGGGUUAAACCGCGCGCCGGCCCAGCCACUGGCGCCAUGCCCGCAUCUGUGCUGUGGGCGGUGGACCUCUUCGGCAGAGUCUACACCCUCUCCACCGCCGGCCAAUACUGGCAGCUAUGCAGGGACGCCCAGCUGGAGUUCAAGCGGCUCAGCGCAGCCACGCAGUGCUGCUGGGGCAUCGCCGGCGACAAUCAGGUCUACCUGUAUGUGGGCGCCAGUGAUGUCCCCAUCCGGCGCCGAGAGGAGACCUAUGAGAACCAGCGCUGGAACCCCAUGGGUGGCUUCUGCGAGAAGCUCCUGCCGAGUGACCGCUGGCCGUGGAGUGACGUGAGUGGCCUCCAGCACCGGUUGCUGGAUGGGGUGGCACUGCCAUCGCCUCACUGGGAGUGGGAGUCCGACUGGUACGUGGAUGAGAAUUUUGGAGGGGAGCCCACUGAGAAAGGGGGGUGGACCUAUGCCAUCGACUUCCCUGCCACCUACACGAGAGACAAGAAGUGGAACUCAUGCGUGCGGCGGCGGAAGUGGAUCCGAUACAGGAGAUACAAGUCCCGAGACGUCUGGGCCAAGAUCCCCUCGAAGGAUGACCCCAAGGACCUGCCUGACCCCUUCAGUGACCUCUCUGUGGGGGGGUGGGAGAUCACAGAGGAGCCUGUGGGCCGCCUGUCAGUGUGGGCUGUGUCUCUGCAGGGAAAGGUGUGGUACAGGGAGGACGUCAGUCAUCCCAACCCGGAAGGCUCGUCAUGGUCCCUGGUGGACACCCCCGGGGAGGCUGUCCAGAUCAGCUGCGGGCCCCACGACCUCCUGUGGGUCACGCUGUGGGAGGGGCAGGCCCUGGUCCGGGAGGGGAUCAACAGGAACAACCCCAAAGGCAGUUCGUGGUCCGUCGUGGAGCCUCCUGGGGCUGGGAAUGGGAUCACGCACGUCUCCGCCGGAGUGAGUGUGGUCUGGGCUGUCACCAAGGACCGGAAGGUGUGGUUCCGGAGAGGCGUCAACUCACACAACCCCUGCGGCACCAGCUGGCUCGAGAUGGUCGGGGAAAUGACUAUGGUGAACGUGGGGCUGAACGACCAGGUCUGGGGCAUCGGCUGUGAGGAGCGAGUUGUGUACUUCCGGCAGGGCGUCACCCCCAGCGAGCUCAGUGGGAAGACGUGGAAGGCCAUCGUCGCAGCCCGGGAGAGUGACCAUUCGCACUCUGGCAGCUCAUCGAGCCUCCUCAGCGCUGGCUGCUUCUUUGGCGAUGAGGUGAAGGGCGGCAGUGAGUCUGCGCCCAGUGACACUGAUGCAGCCUCGGAAGCCGAGAGACCCAGGCCUGAGCAGUCUGCCCCUGAAGAGCUUUCGGACAAUUCCAGGGACCCCAAGGGCAGCUCGGCCCUGAGCCCUGAGACUGGGGGAUCUGCAGAGUGUGCCUCGGUGGACACCUGUCCUGCUGAGGGCCAAGGGGAGGCCACCCAGGCCCCUGGCGCCAGUGAACGCCCUGUGGUGGCCUCCACGCCUGCUGAGCUGCCCUGGACCAACAUUGACCUAAAGGAGCCCAGGAAUGCACCCAGCCACUCCACUGCAGGCUUUGCUGAGACCACGGGCCUCUCCUCCCUGGGGCUCUGCCCACUGGGGCUGGACGAGCCCUAUGGGGUGGACGAGCCCCUGCUGUGGGCCUGGGUGUCCGGGGGCAGCUGCACGGUGGAGGUGGGCUCAGCGCUCAAGUGGUUCACUGUCCAGUCAGGCCUGUCUCCCUCGGUGCAGUCCCUGUCCCUGUCCAUCACGCCAGCCCAGACUGCCGCCUGGAGGAAGCAGAUCUUCCAGCAGCUCACAGAGAGGACCAAGCGGGAGCUGGAGAACUUCAGGCACUACGAGCAGGCCGUGGAGCAGUCAGUGUGGGUGAAGACUGGGAGCCUGCAGUGGUGGUGUGACUCGAAGCCCCACAAGUGGGUGGACGUCCGUGUGGCCCUGGAGCAGUUCACGGGACACGACGGGACCCAUGACAGCAUCCUCUUCAUCUACUACAUGGUCCACGAGGAGAAGAAGUACUUCCACGUGUUCCUCAACGAGGUGACGGCACUGGUGCCUGUGCUCAGUGAGGCCAAGCACUGCUUCGCCCUGUACAACCCAGAGAGGACGCGGCAGAGGUGGCCUGUGCGCCUGGCUGCCCCCACCGAGCAGGACAUGAACGACUGGCUCGCCCUGCUCAGCCUGAGCUGCUGCAUCAGCCGGAAGGUCCACGGCCGCCCGUCUCCACGGGCCAUCUGGUCUGUCACCUGCAAAGGGGACGUCUUUGUGAGCGAGCCCAGCCCAGACCUGGAGGCCCAGGACCGCCUGCUGCCCUGUGACCAGAUGUUCUGGAGGCAGAUGGGAGGCCACCUGAGUAUGGUGGAGGCCAACAGCCGCGGCGUGGUGUGGGGCAUCGGCUACGACCACACGGCCUGGGUGUACACAGGCGGCUACAGCGGAGGCUGCGUUCACGGCCUGGCCACCAGCAAUAGCAACAUCUACACGCAGUCGGACGUGAAGAGCAUCUGUAUCUAUGAGAACCAGCGUUGGAACCCAGUCACUGGCUACACCAGCAGGGGCCUGCCCACGGACCGAUACAUGUGGAGCGACGCCACGGGGCUGCAGGAGUGCACCAAGGCCAGCACAAAGCCCCCGUCCCUACAGUGGACCUGGGUUUCAGAUUGGUACGUGGACUUCAGCGUUCCUGGUGGCACAGACCAGGAAGGGUGGCAGUAUGCCAGUGACUUCCCUGCUUCAUAUCACGGAUACAAAACCAUGAAGGAUUUUGUCAGGAGGAGGUGCUGGGCCAGAAAAUGCAAACUGGUGACCAGUGGGCCCUGGCUGGAGGUGGCCCCUGUCGCCCUUGGGGACGUGUCCAUCAUCCCGGAGAGCCCAGAGAGCCCAGAGGGUGACGGGCGUGGUCGCAGCAUUGCACUCUGGGCUGUGAGCGACAAAGGCGACAUACUCUGCCGCCUGGGUGUGUCUGAGCUGAACCCUGCGGGGUCCUCCUGGCUGCACAUCGGCACUGACCAGCCCUUUGCCUCCAUCUCCAUUGGGGCCUGCUACCAGGUGUGGGCUGUGGCCAGGGACGGCUCUGCAUUCUACCGGGGCUCUGUGUCCCCCUCCCGGCCAGCUGGUGACUGCUGGUACCACAUCCCUUCACCCCCCAAGCAGAGGCUGACCCAGGUGUCCGUGGGGCAGACAUCCGUGUAUGCACUGGAUGAAAACGGAAACCUGUGGUACCGCGGGGGAGUCACACCCAGCUACCCACAGGGAUCCAGCUGGGAGCACGUGUCCACCAACGUGCGCAGAGUGUCCGUGGGGCCCCUGGACCAGGGGCUUCGUCGGGGUGUGUUCCAGGUCUGGGUCAUCGCCGACAAGGUCCAGGGGACCCACGGCCUGAGCCGGGGGACUGUGUGCCGUCGCACCGGUGUGCAGCCCCAGGAGCCCAGGGGGCUGGGCUGGGACUACGGCAUUGGGGGAGGCUGGGACCACAUCUCCGUCCGAGCCAAUGCCACCAGGGCCUCCCGGAGCGUGUCCACAGAGCAGGAGGCCCAGGACCCUGUCUGCUGCUGAGGCCGCCUGUCAUCCAGAGGCGGGGGAGGUGCCAGGCUGGGAGGAUCAGGCUGAGCCGUUCUGUGCUGGUGUCUCAAAGGCUGACUCGGGGGCCUGGCCCAGGUCUCGGCCAACUUCAGAUACUGGCUGAAAUGCCCAGAAAUCCGGAGCUCCGUGGAUGAGCCCGCCGUGUCCCCAGUUUGCGGAGAGAGGAGCAGCGGCCAGGGACCCUCAGCCAUAGCCUGUCCUGCCUGUCACUUCCCACUCUGCUUCCUGCCUCCCCAGGCUAGACCCUGGAACCCCAAGCCCUCCAGCCCAGCUCUUCAGAUCACACCAGGGGAACUGUCGUGGGGCCCGGGUCACUUGUCACAUGCUGUGAUCAUUCCUGAGUGGGCCUCGAAGUGGGAGGGUAUUUUCUAUGUUCGGCAGAUGAAGACUGGAAAUGGGUAUACAAGUGGGUGAGUGUCUUCCCCCCAGGUGUUUGGGGUCCCCCGGAGUGGCCUAGAGAUGGUGUCUUUGUGCAGAAUCACCAUUAGCUCUGGUCACCCCCUACCCACGAUGCAGUGGGACAGGGCCAGGGCCUAGUCCAUCCAGUGGAUCAUGUCGAAGGGUGGCAGAGUGGAGGUUGAUGGCACCCUGGGCCCUGCAGGCAUUGGUUAGGGAGCCAGAAUGUGUCUGGCAGGCGAGGGGUGGACAGAGCCCCGAGUGUUCUGUGCUCGGGGCACCACAGAAGGCACCUCUGCCCCAGGCGGGUGCCUUGCCCAGCCAGACAAGAAGGAAGUGCUUGGGCAGUGGCCCAAAUUGUGGCUGCCUGCACAGCCAGUAUGUGUACCAGGUGACAUCUUAAAUUUACUUCCUGCAGCCAGACACUUUGCCCAGGAGGUGGCUGGAGCCAGGAUGAGCGAGUGGCCACUUGCUGACUUCCUGGGCUCCCUGGAACACAGGGCAGCUCUGCAUUUGCCUCUGAAUCCACAUUGCUGUUGGAGUUUGUCACCAGAAGCUGACUGAGCACUGUGUCCUCUGGGCCCUCUCUGUGGGCAUCUGAGGGGCCUGGUGUCCAUUGGCAAUUGUUCUAGAGUUGGCAGGUGGCACCUGAGUGUGGAGCAGUCAUGUGGCCCGGGGUGUCCCCCCUGCCUGUUUACAUUUCCCUGUCAGGUCCCUGAUAGGCAGUGUGGUUCGUCCCCCACACCUGUGACCUGUACAUUCUGCUGUGAGUCUCGCUGUCUGCAGGUGGCUUUCAGUGAAGUACCUGGAGGAUGUCACCGUGCCCCUUCUCCACGGUGACCUCUCCUGACUGUUUACCUGCGCAGCACCACUGAACUCUCUUGAUUCCUUGGAUGCUUUAUUCAAUAAAAACUUACACCACAGUGUA